CAUCGUGUCCGGGGGAGGCCAAAAACCCUAACCCCUGAAUAUCAUCUCUGUUGUAGCGUGGUUUUUCUCUUUUCUCAUCGGCCGAUCAAAUCAGAUGGCUUUCUUCUCCACUGUGAGGCGCGUUCUUAACGGUUCUUCCUCUUCUUCUUCCGUUCUCCGAUCACAAUGGACUUCUUUUCGUCUCAGCUCAACUCUCACAUCGCCUAAGCUCUUCAUCAGUGGUCUUUCAAGAUUAACAACAGAUGAGAAGCUCCAGGAAGCCUUUACUUCCUUUGGUCAGCUUGUAGAAGCAAAAGUUAUAACCGAUAGGGCAACGGGAAGAUCAAAAGGGUUCGGGUUUGUAACGUACAGUACAAUAGAAGAGGCUGAGAAAGCAAGAGAAGGAAUGAAUGCCAAGUUUCUGGAUGGAUGGGUUAUUUUUGUUGAUCCUGCCAAACCCAGGGAGCCUAGGCCGCCGCCUCCUCCACAGCCUCAAUCUGCUGAGACCUCUGAAUUUGGUAUCAGGACAAACAAGACAAUUGGUUGGUGUGGUUGAUUGAUUGCUUGCAAAAUCUAUAUGAAACUUCAUAUGAUUUUGGUUAUUUUUUCAUAUUGUUCAUCAUCCAUGGGUACUAUAGUAUGGAUAAGUUUCAUGAGACAAUACCUUAGGAGCCUGAAAAGGGUAAAUUUUUGUCAUAUGUAUGGAUUCAGAAAGAGGGGAAAGGAGCUUUUCAUUAA